GGUAUCAAGGAGGUAAGCCAACACUUCCAUCAUGCGUGAAUACAAGCUAGUGGUUCUUGGUUCAGGAGGUGUUGGAAAGUCUGCUCUGUAAAAUUCCAAAUGAACAAGGUGAUAAUUCCACUUCCAGACUGCAGGAUGUGUUUGGAGGUGUACCAUUGCUUACUCAGCCAUGAAUUUUUUUUAAUCAUGGAUGCAUCGGGGCCAGAUUGGGGAGCCAACUUGGGCAAACCUACAGAUACCAGACCGUACAGUUUGUUCAAGGAAUAUUUGUUGAAAAAUACGAUCCAACGAUAGAAGACUCUUACAGAAAGCAAGUUGAAGUAGAUGCACAACAGUGUAUGCUUGAAAUCUUAGAUACUGCAGGAACGGAACAGUUUACGGCAAUGAGAGACCUCUACAUGAAAAAUGGACAAGGCUUUGCAUUAGUAUAUUCUAUCACAGCACAAUCCACAUUUAAUGAUUUACAGGACCUACGAGAACAGAUUCUUCGAGUCAAAGACACUGAUGAUGUGCCUAUGAUUCUGGUUGGCAACAAGUGUGACUUGGAAGAUGAAAGAGUUGUGGGAAAGGAACAAGGUCAGAACCUAGCAAGGCAAUGGAAUAAUUGCGCAUUCUUAGAGUCAUCUGCAAAAUCAAAGAUAAAUGUUAAUGAGAUCUUUUAUGACCUUGUGCGGCAAAUUAACAGAAAAACUCCAGUGCCUGGAAAAGCACGCAAAAAGUCAUCUUGUCAGCUACUUUAAUGCAUAGCUGUACUGUAGCUCUGAGCCAGGUCUGAAGAACUGUUGCCCAAUUCAACAGUGCCAGCAUUCCAACUUUAUUAAACCUACCAACAUCAUAAAUGGACUUUCCUGUGGUGGUACCCUUUAAGAAAU